CCCAUUUUUCUCUCUUUCCUUUCCCACGCAUAACACUAGAAAUUAUAGUCUAAUAUGUUCACUGCCAUCCUCUUCUUCUUCAUUCUCUUCAACAACUCCGCCUGCCAUGGCGGCCCAAUCCAAACCAUUGUGGUCCUAGUCAUGGAGAAUCGCUCUUUCGACCACAUGCUGGGAUGGAUGAAGAAAAUCAACCCCGAGAUCAACGGUGUUGAUGGGACUGAGUGGAAUCCUUUGUCCACCACUGAUCCCAACUCGGAGAAGUUGUUCUUCCAGAAUCAAGCUCAGUUCGUGGAUCCCGAUCCCGGUCACUCUUUUGAAGCCAUAAGGGAGCAGAUUUUCGGCUCGAAUGACACCUCCGCCAAUCCUCCGCCCAUGAAUGGCUUCGCUCAACAAGCUUCCUCCAUGGAUCAGUCCACCAAUAUGUCUAUGUCUCAGAGCGUUAUGAACGGAUUUGACCCUGAAAUGGUCGCCGUUUACAAAUCUCUUGUCUCGGAAUUCGCCGUCUUUGAUCGGUGGUUCGCCUCCGUGCCCUCAUCCACGCAGCCGAAUCGUCUCUACAUCCAUUCGGCGACGUCUGCCGGAGCGACUAGCAACAUUCCGUCACUCCUAGUAAAGGGUUAUCCACAGAGGACGAUAUUCGAGAAUCUCGACGACGCCGGAAUAUCCUGGGGAAUAUACUAUCAGAACAUUCCGGCCACAUUGUUCUACAAGAAUCUCAGGAAACUCAAAUACUUGUUCAAUUUCCGUCCGUACGGGCUGACCUUCCAGAAACACGCGAAGGAAGGGAAGCUGCCGGGGUACGUUGUGAUGGAGCAGAGGUACGUGGACACUAAGGUGGAGCCGGCCAACGACGAUCAUCCGUCGCACGAUGUGUAUCAAGGGCAGAUGUUCGUGAAGGAGGUGUACGACACGUUGAGGAGUAGCCCACAGUGGAACCAGACCUUGUUGAUCAUCACUUACGAUGAACACGGUGGGUUUUUCGAUCAUGUGGCUACGCCGGUCAGUGGGGUGCCUAGCCCAGAUGGGAUUAUGGGUCCCGAGCCAUUUUUAUUUAAGUUCGACAGAUUGGGGGUACGAGUUCCGACCAUCAUGGUCUCUCCUUGGAUUGAAAAAGCCACCGUUGUUCAUGGGGGAGAUGGAAAACCAUAUCCCACAUCGGAAUUCGAGCACUCAUCCAUUCCAGCAACAGUAAAGAAGUUGUUCAACCUCAGCUCUCCAUUCCUCACUAAACGAGACGAAUGGGCUGCCACUUUUGAGUCCAUUCUCCAAACUCGAACUGAGCCUAGAACUGAUUGUCCAGAAACGAUGCCGACGCCGGUGAGGAUAAGAGACAGCGAGGCGAACGAAGAGGCACAGCUGAGCGAGUUCCAGCAAGAGCUGGUGCAGCUGGCGGCAGUGCUGAAGGGAGAUCAUAUCCUCGCAAGUUACCCGGAAAAGACAGGGAAGAAAAUGAGCGUGAAAGAAGGGAAAGAGUACAUGGAAGAUGCAGUUAAACGGUUCUUCGAGGCUGGUCGUUUCGCGAAGAAAAUGGGAGUCGACGGCGAACACAUUGUUCAAAUGAAGCCUUCCCUGACUACACGAUCAUCAAAACCUUCGUCUCAACAUCCAUAAGCUGGUUUAUAUAGAUAUAACGCAAAUGUGAAGACGUAUAGCAAUGUUGGUGCUUU